AUGGCUUCGACAGCGCGUCUCGAGCGACUCCGCAGGCUCGUUCAAGCUGACCUUGAUGCACUGCUUGACCGAGCACCAGAGCCAAUAGUCAGCGAUAGUGACACCUCAGGCGGUGUAGCACUUGAGCCCGUUGACGCACCAAACAACCAAACAGCAGCUGGUCCUGUACAGCCUCAACGGAAGCCAAUCACCAAGGAACCCAAUACUGACCGCCGCUCCGUCUGGCUCAAGGACGCUGAAAGUUCGUAUAAGCCGGCAUCGAUGCCCAAGCCUAACAUCACCACAACUCCUCUCAGGCCAGCAGCUCCUCUACCUGCCAUAGAGCUCAAUUGCGGCGACCUUGCGCCAGCUACACAGCACUACACACCAAUAGUGGCUCUGUCCAAGUACCCUUACAAGUGGUGCAACACGAGUCACUCACAGGACAUUGCGUCUGCCUUCUUCGACCAGGGCAAGUUCUGGGCACGUGAGUGGGAUCUCUACUACGUCUGGGAUAUCGUCAACUACGCCAAACCUCUCGUUCUCGUUCGCGAAACCCAAUUCCAAGCCCUUCUCGGUGAGAUCAACGACCACCUCAGGCUUGGCCUCCACAUCACUGACCAGCAGCGCGAGGACGCCCUCGUCAGUCGGUUCCCCGAUCAUCCACGCUGUACACCUCGAUAUCUUGGACGCUCACGAUCUCGCGAAGACUACGACAACAUGGUCGAGAACGCCCCAGAUCACGACUUCCGCGCUGAAGGAGAACUAGAGAGUUCGCCAGUUGGCGAGCGCACUCUCGAAGCCUUCAAACAGCUGAUUGAAGAGUCUUUCGAGGCGCAGAGGGCCAAGAACAAGGCCACAAGGGCAAGGAAGCAGCAAGAGCGUCUGGUGAAGCAGAAGACCAUGGCCGACCAGUUCAAGCGCGCUCAACGCUACCUUGGUCUGCGUCCAAGUCCGGCAGCUAACGCUCAAACCCAAAGUGGUCUACCACCUGCGAUCGAUCCAACACUUCCAGCACCCUUUGACUUUGACCAGUCCACGGUCUUCGUAUGCGUUGAUGUCGAAUCAUAUGAGCGCGCCCAUCACAAGAUCACAGAGGUAGGAGUCGCCACACUAGACACAAGAGAACUGGCGAGCAUUGCACCUGGUCAGGAUGGCGAGAACUGGAGAGGCUUGAUCCGCGCUCGUCACUUCCGGAUCAAGGAGCACGUGCAUUUGGUCAACUCGGAGUUUGUUAAUGGCCAACCCGAAGGUUUCGACUUUGGCACGUCUACGAUCGUCUCGCUGGCUGAAGCACCUGCACAUGUUGCGGCUUGCUUUUCGUCCCCUUUCGGCGCACACCACACCAACGGUGUCGAGAGUCUUUGCGAUUUGAUGGGGGGUGUUGAUCUCAAUGAGAAACGCAACAUCGUCUUUCUUGGUCACGACAGCCUGGGCGACGUCAGAUACCUUCAGAACCUCGGCUACGACCCGAUGAAGGUCGAGAACCUGCUUGAGGUCUUGGACACCGCCGUCAUGUACCGUGUCUGGCGCCGCGAGCAGAAUCCUACGUCCUUGGGCAAGAUCCUGUACGACUUCGACAUCGCCGGGUACAAGCUGCACAACGCCGGCAAUGACGCUGUGUUCACUGUGCAAGCCAUGCUGGGGAUCUGCGUUCGCGAAGCGAGUAUACGUGGGUCACCUGAGCUCGACAGUAUGAGGAGCAGCGAGAAGUCAGCCAGGCUUGCAGUGGCAUUGGAGGAGGCCCAGCAGAAAGCAAAUGAAGAGGCUGACGGUUGGAGCGAUCAUGAACAGGACAAUGAUGUUGGAGCACCUGUACCUCUCUCAGUCAGCCCGCCUAAGCUUGCGCCCGCCCAUACAUCUUCUGAUACGCCAUCCGACACCAACGGCCGUGGCGCCUCCAACAAUGCAUCGGAAAACAACACAUCGAGCCCUCAGGUAUGCCUCAUCGACCUCAAGUAGGCUACACGGCACCAAAGGCUGCAGCCAGCCGCUUGAUGACCUCUAAUACGGCCCUACAGGUACGCUACUAUUGGUAGAUGGUCCGAGUGACCUGAUGCAUGCCUUACGAUCAUGCAUUGCGGUUGCUUUUGAGUCGUGCAAUUCUGCCCGGGCAUCUUUGCGAGCAUCAAAUACGGAUCAUGAGCCUGGGUGGACCCACUCUCG